AUGUUAGUUGAUUUCGUGGAUACAGAGCAACUCGUUCGUCUCAAGACUAGAAUUCUCGAGCGUGAAAUCACCAAUAAUCUCCUCGAUUCACUGGAUCAUCUCUGCAACGAAUUCUGCGAGGCAGGUGGAGAGUGCAUGGUAGCAUACAAUAAGUCAUUGAGAGACUGUCUCGUCAUUCCUUCCAUCGUGCGCAGAAAUUGUUCCAUCAGAGAUAUACUCGAGAGCGAAGGAGUGAACUUCUGGAAUUGUGCCAGUCCAUCUCACGCUUCUGAUCACUGUGCAGAAACCUUAUCCGGCAACCACAUUGUGAAGAUCAAAAAAAAUGCAUUGAAUUUCUGGGAGGGAAUGUGUAUCGAAUGCGUAUUGCGUACAUCCGGCGGACACAUCAAGCAAGAACAAUUUUGGGAAGACGGUCGACGCAAACGUUACGGAACCUCAUGUCCCAUUCCCCACAACUACCAGACGUGGAAUUACAGCUACAUGGGUCCAUUCGAACUGAUGUCAAAACAUAUAGCUGAGCAGAAAGAACGCGAGAAGAAUAAAGAGCGUACGAAGCAUGGAAUGAAGUUUUCCGCCAAAUCAGGAUUUUCUUAUGCUUCAGAUUCACCCAAGCAAUCUCGCAGACGUUCCUCUGUUAGUUUUUCUACUCCAGAUGAACAUGUCAUCCAACAACAACAGAAGAUUGCAGAAUGGACUGCCAAGAACGAAGCUACGAAGGUGAAGGAAGCUGAAGCAUCAACCAAUCUUGACAGACCUAGAACUCAAGAUACUACACGCUCUUUCAAUACCAGCUCUCCCAAACCCCCAUCUAAAAGCGCUACCCCUACCAAAUUCGCCACUUUGGAUGAAACUGCCCGUCUUCAACAAAAGAAAAUCGCCGAAUGGACAGCAAGAAAUCUGGCCAACCAAGCUAGAAUCAAGGAGGCUGAAGCAGCGGCAAAAGCUGAAGCUGAAGCCGAAGCUGCCGCUGGCUACACAGAUGCCUACUUUGCGGCCAGAUUUCCAGAAUUAGCGAGCCUAGAAUUCUACAACCACGAUGACGACGACAACUUUAUUCCCGUCAAUACACCUCCUCCACCCGCUGCUAAGAAAGAACCCCUUUCUCAGAGCCAAGAAACCAUCCACAAAGACGAUACCAUCAACACCACUCCAGUCCCCGCACAAUCUCCAACCACCACCCCCAAAGAAUCAAACCAGUCUUUCGAAUUCCCCCAAGAAAUGCACGCCUUCAACUCCAUUCCCGUCAACAAAGCUGCUCCCAAGAACGAUUGGAUUGUACAGCGUUUGGCAUUCUACAACAGCAACCGAGAAGGUGCACUGACUCAUCAACGCAUUGUAAAUGGAGAGAUGGCCAUGGAUCUCGAUGGUUCGGAUGAGGAAUUGUGA